UGGCAGGCCCUGUUUAACAAGACAUUGUUCUCGCCUCCACCCAGUCAAGAAAGUGUCCCGGCAAAGGAAAAGAAACCUAGGACAACACAGUUUAAGGAGUAGCCUACUUUUAAGUUGUGCUGAUUAGUGCUGUUGUUCUCAUGGCGUUUUACAACGAAGAGGACCCAGAGGACGCCCGGGAAUCAGAGUGUCCUGUGUGCUACGAGUCUCUGUCGGGCACCGAGAGGACCCUGAGCUGUGGACAUGUAUUCUGCCACGACUGUCUUGUCAAAACCCUGGUCGGAGUCACCAGGGACGGAGUCAUCAGAGACACUAUCAUAUGUCCCAUUUGCAGGCAUCUUACAUUCAUUAAGAAACAAAAGGAAGCCAUAGUGACCCUGGCUGAAAAAGAGAGAGAGACGCAACAGACCCUGGAGGUUCCUCUCCCUCUGCCACCGGGAUAUCUCCAAAGCGCACGGCGCGCCUCCGGGGACACUUUACCAAGGGGGUUUAAUUGGAUUGUACGGUGGUACAGAGGAGUGUCGGAGACAGUCCGUAGACAGAGGCUGGUCAACCCGAUCCACAGUGCCUCUCAGAUCUUCAUCAUCAGCGCUGAAGGGCGACCCAUGGCUGAGGAAGAUGCGCUCGGCGUUGUUAUGACUGUGGUUCAACCUCAGCGCAGGAGAAGGCGCAGGAUUUGCACGACGGCGCGUUGUUUGCUCGUCUUGCUUUCAGCGUUUACUAUACUUGCACUGGUGGCUGCUACCUUGCCCUGGAUUUUGUUGGCAUAGACGUGAUGUGGAUUUUUGGGAUUGCUACGUACACGUGCACUGACUGCUUUUUAACACUACAUUUAAUUACAUGCUGCCAACAGGGAGUGAUGAGCUGACGUUAUGACGCAAAGCAAUAUCUGCUACCACAAAUGUGGAAGUCAAAUAUCCCUGCAUGAAAAAGUCACUGAAUUGUGUGAAUAAGGUUAUUAUUUGACUCACCGACUAAAGUAAUAUAGGGCAUUUCUAUGCAUAACCAAUCCAUGUUUUGCCAAUCUACUGAUGUAGCCUAACUUCUCCACAUUCUAAAAAAAAUCUCACUUUAAAACAUUUGUGUGUCUUGACAAGAUCAUUUCAAAGCAGCAUUGUGUUAAAUUCUAUCGUCAUGUUGUGUUGAAACACACAAGUAACAUAAACGUGUAUUGUACCAAAGAACACACACACUUUUUUUUUUUUUUUUUGCAGCGUGUAUCAUUCAGUUAAUCUCCUAGGAUGCACUUAAUACAAGCACAACCUUGUAUAAUAAUGAUCUCUAGACAAGUAUUGUAUUUUCAUCUAGGUUAUAAGGGCGAUACAGAGAGUUAAAACAUGCCUCUGUCCCUCCUGUGUGUUACCAAGCAACAGUCUAAAAUAAAGCAGAGGUUAUAGGCCAGUUUUAAGUCUGUUGUUUUGCAUUCCUCACUAGUAUGUUCUACCUGUUUUAUGACGCAGGCAGAAGACAGAAUGACACUGAGGAAUUACAAACCCUUAAAGUUGCAGUACAAAUCAACAAUAAGGGUUUCUGGCCAAAUGCAAUAAAAACCAUUUAGCCCUCACCAAAUCCCACCACUGCCUUUAAAACAGCUCAGUUCAUUGUUGUGUGUCUCUGUUGUUGGAUACCCAGUUUCCAAGCACUAGGCAGUAACUUCAUGAGCAAAGGAAACGUAAACUGCAGGGCAAAAUAUCCUUGCAACCUUCAAGAUUGUUUUGUGGGUUUGCAUAUGUCCGCAAGUGAAAAAGUCUGGGUCCAAUUUUGUCAGCGGGAAAGGAGGGUUUGUGUUCAUGUGUGACCAUGUUAUCACAACAGGCA